GAACGUGGCUGGGAGUACAAACACAUAUGCGUAACUCGAGUUCCGGGCUAUGGUUUCGGGAUAGCAGUUUCCGGUGGUCGAGACAAUCCGCAUUUCGCUUCAGGAGACCCCAGCAUAGCUGUCAGCGAUGUUUUGGCAUCUGGGCCUGCAGAAAGACUUCUUCAGGUGAACGACAGGAUCAUCUCGGUCAACAACAUCUCCCUCCAGAACGUGGACUACGCCACCGCAGUCCAAGUCCUCAGGGACUCGGGAGACACGGUGACCUUGGUGGUCAAGAGGAGAGCCCCUCAUGCGCACCACAGCCACAGCCAUAGCCACAGUGCCUCUUUCAACGGGCCGUCUCUGCCUUCUCUAGCAGCCGGCUCAGUACCAACCAAAGUUACGCUUACCAAAAAUUCUAAAAAGGAAGAUUUUGGGAUCGUCCUAGGAUGCAAACUAUUCAUCAAAGAGAUUUCGCCGAGAGCAAGAGAUCAACUGCUGAACACCAACCAAUCGCUGGAAAUCGGAGACCUGCUGACCAAACUGAACAACACCAACUGCAACGAUGUGAUGUCUUUGAAAGAGGCCAAAAAGAUCAUAGAUGGCUCGAAGGACAAAUUACAGAUCACGGUGGCUAGGGAAGUGGCGUUCAAUUCCAAUGUGUCCCAUCAAGCGCAAAGUUCCAUCAGCACAACAGGUGCUGUCAACAAUUUUUACAAAGGCGACGAAUUCCUCACCUCCGGCCACACCAGCUACUCCAACCAGAACCUGUACGUGCAGCCGCCCACGCGCCCCGCCCCUUCAGCCAACGCCGCCCCCGCCCUCUCGGGCGGCUUCGAAGACGCAGCCGACCGCGCGGGCGGACCCAGCUCGCUGCCCGACGAGAAGAGCAAUCUGGCGCCUCGCGGGGGCGGCCGCUCGGGGCAGCCAGAGCACCGGAACAGCGUGGCUGGCGGGUAUGGGACGGGGAAGGGCAGGGAGGAGCCGCCCCGACCGCCGCCUCCCAGGGCGGAAGAUUAUUAUAGUAGCAGAAGGCAAAUUUAUGAAGACGACCCAAUCAUUCAAAAAACAAACCAGCCAAUUCCUGAUGCUAGAUUCAUCACAUUCCAUAAAGAAGGCUCUGUAGGAAUUAGACUGACAGGUGGGAACCAUGUCGGUAUUUUUGUAACAGCUGUCCAACCAGGAAGUCCUGCCUCCUUACAAGGGUUGCAACCUGGAGACAAAAUUUUAAAAGUAAAUGACAUGGACAUGACUGGAGUGACUCGUGAAGAAGCUGUGCUCUUUUUACUCAGCUUACAAGACCGAAUAGAGCUGAUAGUGCAAUUUUGUAAAGAAGAAUAUGACAAUAUAGUGGCUUCCCAAAAGGGCGACAGUUUCUAUGUCAAAACUCAUUUCCAUUAUGAAAGUCCUGCCAAAGGUGAAAUGUCAUUCAGAUCGGGCGACACUUUCCAUGUCAUCGACACUCUUUACAAUGGUGUGGUGGGAUGUUGGCAAGUUUUCAGGAUAGGGCGCAACAAUCAAGAGGUCCAGAAGGGCAUCAUCCCGAACAAGUCCCGCGCUGAAGAACUGGCCACCGCCCAAUUCAACGCCACCAAAAAGGAAAUGUCGGCCAACGAGUCGCGAGGCAGCUUCUUCAAGAGGCGGCGCAGCUCCAAUCGGCGGUCGAAGAGCCUCGGGAAGGAGCACUGGGACGACAUUUUGUUUUCCGACACCGUCUCCAAGUUCCCGGCGUACGAGCGGGUGCUGCUGAAGCAUCCCGGAUUCACCAGGCCUGUGAUACUUUUUGGACCGAUCGCGGAUGUGGCGAGGGAGAAGCUGUUGAAGGAUUAUCCGGAUAAGUUCAUUUCACCACAAUUAGAUGUCACAGCUGAGGAGAGCAAUAGCAAAUCCAACAAAACAUCAUCAAAUUCCAAUAUCAUUAGAUUAUCUGCCAUAAGAGACGUGAUAGCCACUGGGAAGCAUGCUCUGUUAGAUAUUACACCGAAUGCAGUCGAAAGACUCAACUAUGCACAAAUGUAUCCCAUAGUGGUAUUCUUCAAGGCUGAAACCAAGAUAGUGGUGAAACAACUGAGACAAGGUCUACCAAAGUCAGCCCACAAGAGUUCGAAAAAGUUGUUGGAGCAGUGCCAAAAGUUAGAUAAAGUAUGGAGCCACGUUUUCAGUGCCAUGAUUACCCUUAACGACAAUACCGACACUUGGUAUAGGAAAGUCAGGGAAAUUAUUGAUAAACAACAGAGCGGAGCACUCUGGAUGUCCGAGAGCAAGCCCGAAGAAUCUCUGUCCGACGACUUCCUCUUCCCGAUGUCGUCGCUUCGGCUUUCGUACGCUAGCUCCCCGGAAAGCGACCUGGAACACAGUCCGGGUCCCCCAAAUUCUCCGGGCGUAUCCGGAAGCUCCGGUGGGGUCGGCAGACUGGCCAAGGCCAGCUCCGAUCCCAGCGUCGUCAUGCCGGACAGCAGCACCACGGACGUGCUGCCGCCUUACCAGCCCACAUACGACACCCGGUACGGCUUCAACCAAGACCAGCAACCCACCCCCACCGACCCCAAUCUCACCCCCACCGACUCGCCCCUCACGAAAGAAGCCCCCUACGCCCUCUCUAGCCCUGACAUCCCCUCCUCCGUAGAGCCGCAAAGCCCCUACGACAAGAUGCCGCAGAGCCCCUACGACAAGAUGCCGCAGAGCCCCUAUGACAAGAUGCCGCAAAGUCCCUAUGACAAGAUGCCGCAGAGCCCCUACGACAAGAUCCCUAUUUAUGGCGACAAGAACCAGAUCUACUCGUCGGACGCCUACCAGAAGCCUGAUUAUCCCAAGAUGGGGGACCAGCGGCAUGAUUUCGAUGGCAGAAGGGGGGAAUUUGGUUCGCCCGAAAGGAGGCACAACGAGUUCGGGUCUGCGGAGAGGAGGAAUGAGUAUAACGGUGACAAGAAUUUGCAGCACAAGCGGCAAGCGAGCACCCUGCACGGCAACUACCACCACGCCAAAGCCCAACCCGGGCCGGAUCAAGCUGCCCCUAAGGAGGGCGUAUACGGGCAGGUGCCCGACCUGCCGCCGCGCGUCGACCGGGCGGCCAAGCCCGCCGGCAUCCUGGCCACGCCCAACAAGGUGCCGAACGGGCGGUCGGCGCACGAGCGGCUGUUCGGCACCAAAGGGCCCUCGCAGGGCGAGUCCCACGAAGCGGGCGGGCAGGACGGGGGCAAUUUCAGUUCCAAGCCGGGGUCCCUCGACAGGAGUCAGAACUCGAAAUCGGAUUCGCUAUCGAGCUACGACUCCUUCAACAAGCAAUCGGCCGGUCCGACGCGCAUCGGCCCCAACGCGCACGACGAUCUCAAGACCACGCUGUCGAAGAUCGAUCCGACGACGGCGCGCCCGCAGAACGGCGUGCCGAAGUACGGGUGGAAGGCGGACAAGUACGGGCACGCAGACAGCAGCCCGAGGCACUCGAGGGAGUCGGACAAGGAGGGCGGGCAAACGGAGGCGGUCAGCCCGAGGGGGUCGGUCGAGAGGGACUCGAGGGAUAUGUAUAGGUCUCCCAAUAAACAACACAUUCCAGGAAAAUCCCAUAUCGAGACUAAGACUGAUUAUGGAAAAUACAGUUCCAGUCGCAACAACUCCCACCCCCACCAGCAGCCGCCCUCUCAGCCGCCCGACUACGCACGCACCAUCUCCUCGCACCAGGACCUGCGCGAAUCCACGCUGAGCAUCCACCAGCAGCAGUCGCCCAUGCGCAGUCCGCCCAUGCACCACCGCAACGGCUACGACGGCAACAACGGCGGAGGCCCGCCCAACCACCUGUCCGGGCCGCCCAACCACCUGUCGGGAGGGGGGCAAGCGAACGGCCACGGGUACAAGCCGGUGCCGCCGCCCAAGCCGAAGAACUACAAGCCGCCCUACAAGGGGUACGGAGGGGGAGGCGAGCAGAUGGUGCAGGCGACUCCGAUAUACCAGCACGGGAAGAGCCACAGCAAUCCCGUGGACCAGCGCCACCAAAACAUGAACCUAUCAUCCCCCCAACACCACAACUACUACUACAACGCGCCCCCACCCAAUCACUCGUACCACGCGGACCCCGCAUCCCGCUAUCCCUCGGGCGGCCACUACCCACAGGGCGGCCAUUACGACGUAUCGCCGCCCGGGUACCAAGGGCGGCACCCCAGCAUCUCGUACGCCUCGCGGAGCGAGAUAACGCCGUUGGGCGGCCAUCCCCACCACCAGCAGCAGCACGACGGGGGGUACGGCGUGAUGGGGGACCUCGGGGAGGGCAUGGAGACGAGGGGGCAGGUGGUGGAUUUGCAGGGGUCGCGAGAGCAGAGAGGGUCGGCGUUCGAGCUGUAUAGGAAGCCUGUCGGGCAUAAUAUGAGGGGUAUGGUGGAACAACCGGCUUUUUACGGAUCACAGCCUAACCUAGCUCAAAAACUAAACACGUCAUCCGCUACUAACUCGCCCAAAAUAACUCCCAAACUAACAAAAACCCAAUCGUUCAAACACCAGAAGAGCGAAGGCUUCACUCCGAAACUGUUCCGGAAACUGUCUUUCACGAGAAAGAACAGAGAAAGCACACCGAAAAUGAACAAGAAACUGUCCCUCCAACCGGAAAUAAACGAGAACAGUGUGCUGAGAGACAUCAACAGAAAUGCGCACGGUAUGCAGGGAGCUCAGGAGAGAGACAUAACGGCAGCUACAGUAACGCACAAGGGGGCGACACUAGUCAACCAGUAUUGGGGCGUGUCUCUAGAGAUACCUUAUGGGGCCAUACCCAAGCGAGAAGAGAGGCACAUUUAUUUCGUUAUUUCUGAUCCGAGAUUGUGCGAAAAUGCCCCUCCAUUAGAUCUCGAUAACGGUGAAACCAUGCUCUCGCCAUUAGUAAUGUGUGGACCGCAAGGUACCGAAUUUUUGAAGCCUGUGAUUCUCAAUAUCCCCCAUUACGCCAAUACUCUUCCGAGUUUAGGAAUUAGUCUGAAAGCCACAGAUUCUGAGCAAGACAUUCAAACGGAUUGGGAUAAUAUUUUACUGCCUAGCAAUCAUGCAGCCAAUAGUGUAGCUGUUAAAGUUGAUCAUUUUUGA